UGCCGUUGCGGAGGCGCGCCGCGCCGGCUGUGUCCCUGCGGGCGGGACCUGGGAACGGUGCCGCGCUUCCCGGCGCUUCCCGGCGCUUCCCGUCUGCCCGGAGCGGCCCCGGGGUGCUGCUGCUGGAGCUCUGUUCUGAUCUUGUUCCCUCAGCCCUUCCUGCCAGAUUGUAAUGUUUUUAUGAUAUGGAAGAAUCAUCUUGGAAGCUUGUCAAGUAAACGUAUAUACAGUCAACAAUUCAUUCUCCAGAGUUUAUGGUUUAUGCAGCUUGAAAAGCUGUCUAUUGGCCAUCAUGAGUUCAUCCUCUCCAGUCAACUACUCUAUCACAGAAGAUAGAAGCUUACAUAGUGAGGAAUGUGAGUUACUGCAGAAGAGCAGUAAAUCAGAAUUGGAUGCUGUUUUAGGUCUGAAAUGGAAACUUCUUCAAGCUAAAAAAGAGAAUUUGGACUUGGCUAUUCAACACAAUCAAGAAGUGUCCAACUAUGAAAAACAGAUAAUCAAAUUACGGUCAGAAUUUGAGAGAGGAGAGGCCAUUCGACAAGAUCUGGAGUAUGAAUUGGCAGUUGCCAGAAAAGGUGCCCAUCUGAAAAUGUGUACUGCGGAAGAAGAAUUAAGUGAUGCAAAAAACAAACUUGUGGAACUGCAAGUACUCAAUGAAAACCUUCAGCAGAAAGUGACAGAGACUGAGGAAACAUUUCAUAAUGCUCAACAGAAGUGGGAAGAAGAACAGCAGAGACUUGUGAAGGCAAAGGAUGAUAUCAGCAGAAUUUAUAACAAUGAAUAUGUAUUCCUUCUUAAAGAAAGAAACGAAGUAGAAACUAUUUUGCUGGAGCUGAAUAAUGAACUACAAAAUAUGCGCAAGAAAUUGAGAGAUGUGGAGGUGGAACACAGCGGCUGUAAUGAGGUGUUGAGAUGCCAGGCCAAUGAACUUAAAUGCAGCACUGAACGAGAGAAGAGACUUUUAAAGGAACUUGAGAUAAUCCAGUUAAGAAUUCGAGAACUUGAAGAAGCCGUGCGUGUGGAAAAGGACAGACGAGAAGAAGCUCUUUCAGAUUUAGAAAUGGUCAAGAAAGAGUUCAAAGGGUUAGAAUAUGCAUAUGAGAGAGAAAAACACAAUGCCCAGGAGAACUUGGAAAAACUCAAUGUAUUAGAAAAAGAGUGUUUCUCCUCAAACAAUCAAAUGAAAGAAGUGAUUGAGGAGAAGAAGAAGGUAAUUAUGGACCUCUCUGCAAGACUAGGGAGUGCUGAAAAAAGCUGCAGUGAAUUACAGAGUGAACUUGCAAUGGCCAAGAAACACCAGGUCUUUCUAACAGAGACGUAUGAAAACAACAUGAGAGAGCUGGAGUUACUCUUGGACAGCUUUGCUAUGUCAGGCCAGCGGACAGCAGGCACUUGUGAGGACAAAGAUAAACCUCUGAGCUGCUCUGUCAUUGAGACUUUGAGGUGUACCUUGACAGCUUACCAGAACAAGCUGGAAGAUACGUCUAAUGAGCUUGAGAAAACGAAGGCUUUGUGUAAAAAGAUGACAAAAGAACUUGAGGUAUCUGAGGAGAAAAUGUGUGCUUUAAGACAAGACCUGAAGGAAGUUCAGGAUACCAUGGCUGAUACCAAGAAAGAGUUAAACUAUCUGCACACUAAGUGUGCAGACAGAGAGACUUUAAUAGAAACUUUAAAAAUGGAACUACAGGAUGUACAGCAAUGCUGGGAGAAAGAGCAAGUACGUGCCACAGAAUCUGAAAAUGAAAUCCAGAAGCUUACCAGGGCUUACCAGAAGGAUAUGGAGGAGAAACUAACCUUCCUUCAUAGCUUAUACCAGCAUUUGAUAGCAGGCUGUGUGCUUAUAAAACAACCAGAAGGCAUCCUAGAUAGAUUCUCUUGGCCUGAGCUUUGUGUAGUCUUGCAGGAGAAUGUUGAUGCCCUGAUCUCAGACCUCAACAGGGCUAAUGAGAAGAUAUCUCACCUGGAAUAUGUUUGUAAAAACAAGUCCAAUACUAUGAAGGAGCUUCAGCAGAACCAGGAAGAUGCUUUUAACAAAAUGGCUGAACAAAUGAAAGCGCAGGCAAGCUGUUGGCAGAAUGAAAAAAAGUAUCUGGAACAGCAGUACUCAAGUCUCCUUGGGGAAGUUCAUGCAAGGGCACAGGAGUACCAAGAAGUAGCAGAGAAAAAUAAGAAAAAAAUUUAUGUCCUUGAAAAAAGUCAAGAGAAAUUGGCUCUUGAAAACAUUUCUGUGAAAAAGAUGUUAACACAGUUUCAAAAGGAGCAUUCCUCCCUCCUGGCAGCCUGUGCACUAUUGGCAGGGGCCCUGUAUCCUCUGUACGGCAGACUCAGGGCUAUGUGUUCCCAAAAAGACCUUCUCCAGGAUCAGGCGAACAUUUAUGAAUUAGUGAACCAGAAGAUUAGGACCCUAGUUCAUGCUCUCUCUGAUGAUAAGGAAAACAAUCAAGAUGAAGCAAAAGUAAAGAGAAGAAAAUCCCAAGGCCUGAUUUAUGUAUUCCGAAGAGCUGUGAUUGCAGUUUUGGCAGCCAACAGACUUAAGGUUUUAGCACAGUCUUCUAGUUCCCUCUUCACCUGGACAAAUGGCUUAAAAGAAGGCAUUGGUAUUCCAGUUUGUGUAGGAGAAUCCAAAGGCAAGCGUAAUCUGUUAAGUUGUGAAGAUGAAGAAAUUGACUGUGUGGAAGCACUCAGCUGGUUUGCUAGUUCCAACCUCCUUGCUGCAAUAAUCAGUUCUGUCACAGAAUUGCAGGAUGUUGUCAACAAACCAGGUACAAAGUCCUGGCUUUCUGGAAAGUUACUGUUAAGUGCAGCCAGGAAUUCGUUUUCAAAACUUAUGGACAAGCUGAAUGUUAUAAUGGAGACGGUUCCAUUAGACCACUGCAAGUACAUUACUUAUCUGGAGAAAGACUCCUUGGUACAGAGCCUGGCUCAUGGACUCAAUAAAAUAAAUACCCAGGCCCUGCAAGUUGGACUGUGUGACAGAGUAUCCAGUAUGAAAAACAUAGAAUCCUUGGAGAAGCAAAUAUUUGAAUUUACACAAAGACUUCAUACAGCAGAAGUGGAACGCCUCUCACUGCGCCUACAACUUGCAGAAUUCAAAUCGAAUUUCAGUGAGAUAAAAAAAGAAGCAGACAAAGCACAGAGGCUGCAAGAGCAAUUAAAUAUGCUUAAGCAAAAAUUAAUCACCCAUGAGAGGUUUGAAAGUGUAUGUGAAGAAUUAAAUAAUGCAUUACAUCGGGAACAUCAGGCACAAUUGCUUUUGAAUGAACAAGCACAACAACUACAGGAGUUAAAUAAUAAACUGGAAUUGCAAUCCAGUGAAGAAGCAGAUAGAACCCAAGUCUUAAGUGAAUCUGUAAAGAGUCUCUCCGAGGCAACGAUGGAGCUGAGAAGAAGAGAUCGAUUUCUGCGUCAGCAAAAUAGACUUCUUACCCAGCUGGAGCAGGACAAGCGUCGGCUGAGCGAGAGCAUCCGCGAUGCAGAGAGUGCCCUCUGCACGGCAGCCAAAGACAGAGAAUUGAUCAUUAGUCAUAUGAAAACUGUAGAAGACACUCUUCAUAAGGUCAGAGAUCAGGCCUUGCUGCUGUGUACUGCAGCAGCCACGAAUGACUUCACCCUGGAGCUACCCAAACUGCACCUGGAGACCUUUUCAGAGGAAGGGCUGAAGGGCAGGCCAGAGGCUGCAGCAUUUCAGGCUGUGAUUCAAAGCUUCAUGGAAGUCUACCAACUUGCAGUUUCCAGAGUUGAAGUAUUAGUGAGAGAAACAGAAUCUUUUCAGCUUGACGUUGUAGCCCUAAAGUCCAGGCUUCAAACAGCUAGUCUUCAUAAAAGGGACCUUACAAAUGGUAAGUCUUCUUUUCAAGCAAUUUCUGUCUUUUCAAUGUGGCUUCUUACGCAGCUUCUCCCUUCAUGCUGUAUAGUUUCUGUAGGGGAAAUACAGAGAUCUUUCAAACAUCAGCGUGGCUCCAAGCUAGAAAUUCAGCCUGACCAGAGUUCUGUCCUAGACUUUUUGGCAUUGCAAGCUGAACCUGACACAUCCUACAGUGUUAUGCAAAACAGAGACAGUUCUCUGUCUUCAAUCUGUUUCUUCAACCUGGAUGUCACAUCCAAUCCCAGAAGAACAAUGGAAAAUGAAUUUUCAGAUUCUUAGUAUCAAUAAUCUUCUGGAAGGGAAAAAUUAUAUUAAUAUAAAAUGAUGCAAUUAAAGUGUAAUUUUUUGCUAUCUUUGAAUUGUAGCUCAGCGUUUGUAUUUUUUGACAUUAAUUUUAUGGUUUUAUGAAAAUGUGCAUUUGUAUGUUCACAUUUCUGCACCUGUCAGUUUUGCAUACUGAAGCAGUUAUUUCUUUAAACUUUUAUUUAUUGCAGUUGUUCAUUUUUUAUGUAGUAUAUUUUUAAAUGUUAAAGAAUGACACAUUUUGGGUAAUUUUCCUCAGUCUUAAAAAAAAAUCAAUAAGCCAUUUUAGUCUCUAUCUAUCAAAGUUGUUUCAUACUUGUCUAUUUUAAAGCAGGACUGCAAUACUUUAAUAGGAUUGAGAGAGCUAUUUGAAAUGUAUGCCAAUGAUUCCUGUCAUUUCAUGGCAGCCCUGCCAUGGUUCACUGAGUCCCCUCUUUUCUCUUGUCAGCUCAACUGAAGACAAGCAUUUAGUUGCAAACUUUAAGCAGGUUGUGCAAAACAGAAAUGAUGUGACUGCUUCUCUUCCUGCACAAUAAUGUCACUGCUGGUCAAUGUGAGAAGGUCAGGUUGCUCCUUGUAAAGCUACAUGAUACCACUUGCCUAUUUGAACAAGUUAAGUUAACCACUGAAUCUGGUCCCUGCAGGCGCUGAAAACUCACCCUUUUAUCAAGUCUGCAUUUCAUAAGAAAGAAGAACAAUUGUGGAGAGAGGAUUUCUGAUGAUAUGUUUAUAUACUUUAUAAGGACAGUUCCCAAACCAGUGUUGCAGGUAAUAUAUUUAGUUUAAGCUGAAAGACUAAAAAGUAAUGGCUGUUUUGACCUUCAAAUAGACUCCUUUUUUGUUGUUGUUGGUAGGACCCAAGAGUGACGCCCAUCUUUGAUGCUGACAGAAUUUAAAGCAAGGCCAUUGCCCUGCAUUUUCUGCCUUGUAGCACACAAAAGUAAAAUUGUAUGUCAGGCCGAGAUGUCGGGGAGCUGACAAGAUGCCCCAGUGACAUUUCAGCUGGAAAGAGCAAGUGUCUUGCAACCAAGUGGUCAAAUAUCAAAUAAUAGGUCAAGCAGGAAGGAGCUGAGUUCUAACCACAAAGAGGUUUCUGGUAACUUACUUGACAAGCUUUUGGGUGCUUUGUGGCUUGACAAAGUGAUGUUCUGUUGGGUAUCGCUAGACAGACUGUUCUUUAUCGCCUUCAGAAGAUCAGACAUUGACAUUGAUUAAACUCUUUAACCCUUAAAGGUUAAAUCCUAGCAUUUUCAUCAUUGUGAAUGAAGAACAAAAGAAAUUUUUAAAUAUACCAUUUGUUUUCAUAUUAAUCACAGAACUCCCUAGUACUAUUAACUUUUGAUGUGCUGUGUAGUUUUUGACAAAAAAAAAUUGAAUGCAAAAUCUAUAUAAUAGAUUGUUUUUCAGUAUGGAUCAGUGAUACAUUAGAAAAAUAAUAUUAUGCAUUAUGGAAUUUGUAAUUUCUUCUAAUAUAUCAGAUGUAGGGUUUGAUUUUAAAGCUUCAUGACUACUACUGAAAUUCCAUUUUGGAUGGGAACGAAUAUAUGCAUAAAUGAUGUAUCACUUAAAAUGAACAAAUCUUCCAACUACCCUUGUUUUCAGGUACUCUAGGAUCAUAGAAUAUCCUCAGUUGGAGGAGAUCCACAAUGAUCAUCAAGUCCAAAUCCUAGCCCUGCACAGGACAAUCCCAUGACUAACAGCAUAUGCCUGAGAGCACUGUUCAAAUACUUCUUCAAGUCUCUUAGGCUGAAGAGACUUGAAGAAGUAUUUGAACCUCCCAGGAGAGUCUGUUCCAGUACCCAACCACCCUCUGGAUGAAAAUUCUUUCCUUGAUAUCCAACCUAAACCUCUCCUGACACAACUUCAAGCUUUCAAUUCUCUUGGGUCCUCUUACUGGUCACUACAGAGAAGACAUUGAUGCCUGUCCCUCCUCUUUCCCUGUUGAGGAAGUUGUAACUGCAAUGAGGUCUUCUCAGUCUUCUCUUUUCCAGGCUGAGCAAAGCAAGGCACUCCUAAUAGGCCUUUUAAUUUUCAACGGAAGACCUUUAAUCUAAGGGAGCUUCAAAUGUUCAGGUAUUCUCUAUUGUGCAGUCCAUUGCUCACAGCCUUGUUGUGCAUGUAUGUUUGUAUAACAAUACAGAGCCAACAAAUGCCAGAUAAUAAAUCCUGAAGAACUCUUACAUGUAAGAGUCAGCUGAUAGAGGAAGAACAUUCAUUUUCUAUGUAUAUUUAGUCUUGAAUAGGGAAGAAAUAAGUUUUCAUUUUCCUCCAAGUGGGUUGGCUCCACUCUUUCAUGACAGUGACUGUUCUUAAAGGCACCACAAGUACUGUAUUCUACUUUUCCAAAUUUAAUGUCAAAGAUCUAUUAAUAUGAAGAAUAAAAGAAUAUUUCUCAGUGAUCAUUUUCCUCUCUACUGUGUAUAGAUGCAUUUAAGCACUUUUUAAAGUAUAUUCUCAUGGUACUCCAUAGGUUGAGAAAGAAAGUGCCUACUUUUUGCUGUGUGGUUUCAAACUGCUGAAGAUUUGCAGUCUACUUGUACCUUUGCCAUCAUUGCGAGUGUAUGUGGUAUUGUGCAUGUAGAGACAGGAAAAGGAUUUCUUUCUGAAAUCCUUAUUUUACUGAGAUUAGGAGUAUCUCCUCUGGUUACAGCUCCAGGCAUGGUUUUUUGUCAUUUCACAGGGAUCAUAACAAUGGCAAACUCAGUGUAGUUAUAUAGGAUGAUCUAACAAGCUAUCAUUUCUCACAAGAACUAGUUUGUAAGUUUUCAUUGAAGGAGAACAUCUACCUCAUUCACUCUAUUCAAAUAUAGACUAACUGUGUGUUAUGUACCAUUUCUCUUAAAGGUAUCCACUUAGAAGGGGCUUUGAAAUAUAUUUUAUUUGGCUGUCAGAGGUCCCACUUGUAAUCAAAAUCUCCUCUUUCUUAGAUUGUGAAGAAGCUGAGAGUAGUAAACUGAAUUAUCUUUAGUGUGAUACUCCUGAGUUGCUUUUCUUUGCAUUUGGUAAAGUGAAAUUUGAUACAAAUUCCGAAUAAGUAGAAGAUUCCCUGUUAGUAGUUUACAAAUGUAGUUUGUAGCUUACCAAAGCAUAUUUUUCCCUAUCUUUUGGGGACACAAUAAAAGUCAUGCUUGUAUAGAAUGUGGCAAGACAGUACAGUAACAGUAGCCUUCAACAGACUGUUUUAUGACAUCUGCUCUGCCUUGCUUUGAAAAUUACAGAGCUUUAGAUCUUGAUCCUUACUUUCAAAGCUUUUCAUUUUUAGCCUAGAAUUUAAAGAAGACUAGUUCCACUUGUUUCAUCUCAGCACUCCUUCAUGAGAACAACUAGUUUCCUUAGAAGAAAGACCGUAUUUGGUGGGGUUAAAAUAAUCUCGAUGGUUUUUGAAUGUGGUGCAACAAAUGAUUGGCUUUCUGGUCAGUCUCAAAAAUAAUAUUAAUUUAUUUACCCACCAAGCAACACAUGUCUGAAAAGAGACUGUAUAAUACAUUAUUUUUCCCUGCAGUAGGUUUUAAAGCUCUUAGUACAAGUUGGUUUUGUGCCUGUGUGCACACAUAUGUAUAUCUUUCUCAGCAAAGAUUUUGAUUAUUGGACUGACAGUAUUAUCACUCCACAUACUCUAAGCAAUUCCUACUACACUAGUAGUACAGAGAGUUUUUUUGGCUCCUGUCUCCCACAGCUAUUUGCGAAUUCAGCAGAAUUCAAUGACUGUCAACUUGAAUAGGCAUUUAUGGGAGUAUCCUCCAUUGUAAAAGAUUUUGAAUGCCUUUUUACCAAGUUAAACCAAGGGAGCUGAGGUUUCAAGGUGCUUAAGAUAUCUAUUCCAGCACCCCUACUUAGUCAGCUACAACAGGUUGCUGAACAUUGCCUUCUGUCCUGUCACUAGGCACCACAGAGGAUAGUGUGGUUCCAUAUUCUUUACAGGUAUUUACACAAGUUGGUAAGAUCUCCCUGAGCCUUCUCUUCUCCAAGCUAAAAAAAUCACAGCUCUCUCAGCCUCUUCUCUUAUGAGAAAAGAUUAUGCUUCAGUCAUUUUAUUAGUCAUCUUUUUGGUCCUUCACUGGACUCACUUCUAUAUUUCCAUCUCUCUCAUGUGCUAAGGAGGUCUGGACUGGAGCCAUUACUGCAGAUACAGAGUCAUCAAUGCUGGAUAGAGGGGAAUGAUUGCCUCCCUUGACUUGCUGGCAGCUCUCUUCCUGAUGCAGCCCAAAAGAGCUAUUGGCCUGCUUUGCUGUCAGGGCACAUUUCUGCCUCAUGGUAAACAGGAAGACCAAGAACCUCCAGGUACUUUUCUGCCAAACUGCUCCCCUGACAGUUGGGCGCUAGUCAGUCUCAGUUCCCCAUCCUGUCCUGGUGCUGGAGGUGGUUCUCCCCAGGCAGAGCAGCCUUUCUUCUCUUUACUUGAAUUUCAUCAACUUCCUAUCAACCCUUCUCUGGUCUGUCAAAAGUCCCUCUGGAUGGCAGCAAAUCCUUCUGAUCUGUCAGCCACUUCUUCCAGUUUAGUGUCAUCUGCAACUUGUGGAUUUUGCAGUGGCUCCCAUUAUCCAGGCCGUUAUCAAUGUUAUGAGUCUGUAUUGGUCCCUGUAUUGACCCCUGGGGUACACCACUAGUGACUGGUCUCCAGGUGACUUUGUGGCACUGAUCACCAUCCUUUGAGCUCACCAGUUCAGGCAGUUUUUCAGCUGAUUUACCAUCCAUGUAUCUAGUCCAUAAUUCCUUACUCAACAAGUGGGACAUUUAAUUUUGUAAAGGGCUCUCCAAGUUUCCAAACACUGCUAAAGCCCUGGAUUAAGUGAAAGGCAAUAUUUUACAUAACCUCUUUGUCAAUUAGGUCAGUCUGAUCAUUUGAUCACUUAUAAGAGCAUCUGAUCAUUCUGCAGUUAUUCUGUACUUGAAAGGUUUUCCAGUGCUUUAAAUUUAAGAUGAAUUUGCAUGUACUAUAACUAAGCUCCUAAAAAUAUUUAAACUCUUUUCUGAUAUACAAAAUUGCUUUAGUAGCAUUUUUCUCCUAAUGUUUUUGUAGUUCUUCGAUUAAUCUCCAGUGAAUAAACCCCGAAAAGCCUCUGGCAGCUUCAGGGUUUGGAUGAAAUCUAUAUGUGAAGAGCACCUCUCCUACUGCUGAUGAUGGAACACCAAGCUUACUCAGCAUUUCUUUCUCCAUUCUGUUGUUGCUUAGCCUUGAAAUCCAAACUAACAAAGGAAUCUAUUAGGACAUUCUAGCCUAUCUUUUAAUCUUGUCCGGUAUGAAAUGACUUGCCUUCACUUUGGUCUUUGUAAUCUGAUCAUUUUUGGACAAUCAUUUUGCAUCAUACUCUCCAUAUGGCCUAAAAAUGUACCUCAAUAUUUACUCAGAAAGUGUUUCACUGUCUUCUUUCCUCUUUGCUGAGUAUUCAACUAAACCGAUGGAACCUACAGUGAUUUUUUCAUAAAUUAUUUAACAUCUGUAUGUACAAAAUAAAACUGGAAAAAUUACAUUUUCUUGUAGGUACUCUGACUCUACUAUGACUUCAGUUUUACAGAUUUAGACGUGACUUUCACUUAGGUCUCUGCAAAUUGUCCUUCAAUGGGAGAUGGAAGGUGACAUGCUCUUUGUCAUGCUAACAUGGAUCCGAUUGCUGUCAUGGGGAGCAUCAUGUAGGAAUUUUGGGCAAUUUAUGUAAUUCUAUGUAUUGCAGUUCAGUGCUUUACAAACCAGCCUUUCAGCUAUGCAUAUGAAACUGAAUCUUUGUCUGUUAUUUCUGGUGUCCAGUGACUGAUGAAUAAAAUUGAACAAGGACAAAGCAAAAUAUGAGGAAGUGUCUGAAAACUAAAUUGUUUCCAAGGAAUGCUCAGCAGGAGGUAGGGAGAUCCAGUGAAUAAUUUUUCUUCAGUUCUUUAUUUACCACCUCUAUUGUACCAUGUUUCCUGUCGCUUCAUAAGCUAAUAGUACUAAAAAUUAUUACUGAUAUCAGAUUGCUUUCUCAUGGCUCUACUAUGCCAAAUUAAAGCUUCAUAAGUGGUUGGACUUUGUUUUGACUAAUUUAAUGAAAGUCAGUAAUUAAAAAAUAGAAGAUGUUAGAUUUCAAGAUUAGAUUUUAAGCACAAGUAUUGUCACCAUUAUUGUAUAAGUAUCCUUUAUUUUUCUUGGUAAACAAAGUUUUUAAUCUUCCACUGCAUGACAGUAACAGGAGAUUGUUCAAAAAUAAAGCCAUGCUAAUUAUGUUUAAAUGAUUACAUUUCAUUUUGUGUGAUAUACAGCUAGCCCACAGAGCAGUCCCACUAACUGACUUGCAGAUAUCUGAAACACUAAUGAUGUGGUCCUAAAAGUUGUGGAAACAAGGAUCAUGGAUGCUGUAAUUGUGAGCAGUACAGUUACGAAAGGCAUGUACCUUCUACAUGUUACAGGAAAAAUGCUGUUAGGCUUAAGAAUCUGGCACACAUGCAUUGCAAAAUAAGUAGGGGCAACUUCUGUAUGAAUCAGGCGAGAGUUUCAGUAACUUUCAGUGUAUGCUGUGUUGACUUGCCAUUAGAAUGACAUACAAAAAGUCCUUAAAAUGCAUGGGAUUCUACUGGAACAUAUGGGGUGGAAUCCAAAGUUACACUCUAUUCUGUGACAUUCAUAUAUAUAGCAUUUUAGAUUUUUGCUGACUAAAAAGCUUUUGAAAUUAAUUUGUAAACCUCAGUACACAAGGUAACUAUCAAAAGCUAUCAAAAGAAAAGUGAGAGAAUUGUGAAUUAAAUAUUAAAUCCUUUCCUACCUCAACACCAUGUGAAGGUUAAUAAAAUUUGUUCCCAUAAACAAUAGCAUGGGAGAAAUCUUAGUUGUAAUGUUUGCAGUGGUAGAUAAAUCCUGGUUUCAGGCUUCAUUCUCAAUUGGCUUACUGAAACAAAUUUAUGUCAGACAUUUGGGGUGGGAAGCUGUAUAUAUUAAAGCACUGACCUUAACAAGAGUCAUGCAGCUAAAAUCCUGCACUUUUCUUUUAAAAUGUCAGGGGUUAAUGUUAUUUAAAUGCAGUAUUUGGUGGUUUAAUUGAGUCAUGCUUCGUUGUCUUUUACUGCGCAUUAAUGCCAAUGAAACACUGAUUGUUGACAGAAAGUUCUCUUUAGCAAAGUAUACACUGACAUAUCAUAGUGCUAUAGAAAAACAAGUGUGCAAGACAGAAUAGUCAUACUCUGCUGGCGUAGGAAUCCUGUACUGUCUAAAUGGUGGCAAUAUCCAUUAUACACUGACGGGAAAUGUGAACUAGGCUUGCUUUUGUUGUAUGUUUUCAGACUGCCUCUUGAAAGAACUGGUGAGACAAUUGAGUCUUUAGACAAAGAAAUUAAUCUCAAGGGGUUUUUUUUUGUUGGGUGUGUCACACAAGUUAGUAAAUGUAUAUUGAAAAGGACAAUCCAACUCCUGAAGAGAGUUUUGUUAUAGAAGUGCCUUUUGACAGCUUUUGUAAUCUGGCAUUAGGACAUACCAAUAGGUUUUCAUCUUGACUUUGUCUAAGUUGGGAAAAAGUAAGUUCAUGUUAUUUCUCUGAAUGCUUCUCAGUGUUAACUCUUCCUGCCGGCUUAAAACCCCCAAGAGGGAAUAGAUGCAGACUUGGCAAUUGAGAUGUAAAAAAUAGUACAAAUUGUGGACUCAAAAGUUUUGAAGAGGAGUACAGGAAGGAACAAACACUAGUGAGUUUAUAAGAGCAGUGUGUGCACUGGGUAGGAUAUAUUUGGUGUUGUGCUUUUUCACGAUGGAAUAGUAAUUCCAAAGUAACUGCCAUCAUAUGGACAGCUGCUUUAUACUUCCUUAUUUUGGCUGGAGAAGUCUGCAUGCUGUUUGUCUAGUCCUGUAGGACUUAGUUACACUUUUGGACUCUGAGCUUUCCAGGAUUUUUCUCAUGACUGCAGGGUGGUUUCUGGAAGUCAUUAGAAUUCUGUCUUGGAAAUGUAUUUGCAAAUGCUCAUGAGUUAUGACUUUCAAAAGUUUUUUUUCAAGCCAGUGUUAUUUUUCAAAUUGAUAUCAGCCAGCCUGGUUGAAACAUGAAACUGUAAAUGAACCUAGCUUGUGUGAAACUUUUGAUGCAUUUGGGGAACUUCCUGGUCCUUAUAGUGUUUUAUUAGGCGGCAUUGGUACAUCACACUUGGCCUUCUAAGGGAAAAACAAAGUGUUUUAAUCUUGUGUGAAUCACAAGUAAAUCACAAAGAGUGAUUUUGUGGAAAGUCAUAAUAGUCAGCUUUUUAGCAGCAGCAUUUAAGCUCAUUUAAGGGCCUGCCUUAAUGUGUCUAGCUAAAUAUAUUUAGUUUUCUCCUUAUGUCUAAGAUAUUAUGAAAGUGUCUGGAAGCAGAUUAACUGCUCCACAUUGGAAUGACUGGUGACAUUUGCAGAUCUGUCUUCUUCCAAGAUCUGCACUGAGUCUGUUGUAUACUGUAAAGACCUGUAUAGUUCAGCAGGCAAGACCUACACUUCUGGCCUGUGCAGACUUAAUUCUCUCUACCACUGGCUCAAGGGCAAAAAGUAGAUCUUUCUAGCUUCCAGAAACUCACAACUAUGCUGAGCAAUACGGAAUUGGGAAGCCAUAAGUAGACUUGUGGAAGUCCCCUGGAGUUCAAAGUCUAAUUAUCCAUACAAUGCAUUUGUAUAUGAACAUUUGAGUUGAGUCUUCACUUUUUUAAUGCUAAAUUUUAGUUAAGGUAUUUUUUAGCAGCUUCUGGUGUAUGUGCACAUGUUGUGUGCCUUUGCCCUUAACUACUUAUUUUUCCCAGAAGCUCUUGUAGCAGUCAGAUAGAGCCAGCUGUUGCUUAGUGAACUCUUAGGACUCCAUUAGGCAUAAUGUAUUAAAUUAUUAUCAAGGAAAAUAGGGAAACUCAAAAAUUAACAGCAAAGUGUGAUGAAUUUUGUAUUCAGCAUUGUAAAUAAACCAAUUUUUAAAGGAGCCAAAUAUAUCUUAGGUUAACUAAAAAGCAUAGCUUAGGCCAAAAAGCUCCAAGAAAAAGGUAUGGAAAACCAAUUAGAGAAAUUGUCUUAAUACUUUCUUAAUGGACACUCUAAUUUAGGAAAAUAGUUUAUAACAGGAGAGAAUAUCUAGAAGCAGCUUUAAUUGUGAAGGGUCAGAAAGAAAAGAAAACCAAUGGAUCUCUGAUUAGGUUCAGAGGACAUCUGUAGCAUUGUUCAGGCUCUGAUUAUUUCUAAAGAAGAGGCUUCUGUGAUUGUAUCAAUAAAUUAGGGUUUGGACACACCCUGUAAAACAAAGAGAAAAAAACCACUUUAUCUCUCAUUGUUUUGGUUUAGAGCAAAAUUUUGGGAGAGAGAGAGAGAG